AUGUAUAAGACAGAAAGAAAGAAAGAAAGAAAGAGAGAAAGAGAGAAAGAGAGAGAGAGCAUCAUUUGAAGUUGGUAGUCCAAUGGCGGCAGCAAAGGCAGGUCUAGUCCCGUGGAUUAUCCCAUCAUCCUCGGCGGCGACUUCUUCUCCGCUGUUUUCAGCUGCUGUUAAGUUGCCCCUGAGAGGGAGGAAAGCAGAGAAGGAUGUAUCUGUCUCUGUCGCCUUCAAUCCUUCUGGCAAUUUCGACAUCUCAGCCUUCGACUCUCACGACGAUACAGAUAAAGUGGAACCUCCGAUGCCUCCAACGAGCGGCAGAUACGAAGUAGUCAUAGACAACGACUCAAUUCAGCGGCUUGACUUAUCGCCCUUUCAGACCGCCACCGGCAUUACCUCGCCUUCCUCAGCUGAUCCAAGAGAGUAUCUGGAUCGGAGCAUCGGAUUCACGAUCAAUUACAGGAGAGAAGACGCAGGGGAUCCGCGUGAGCUUUCGGAGUAUCCGGACAUAAGGCUGUGGUUCGUGAGGCUGGAUGCCACGUACCCUUGGCUUCCUCUCCUUCUAGACUGGAGAGCCGGAGAGCUUGCUCGUUACGCCGCCAUGCUGGUCCCUCACCAGAUGAGCUUGAGAAUGGGUGUUGUUUUCAAUCCCGAGGCCUUGGAGCUGUUCGUCAUGAGCAAAGUGUUUGUCGUUUAUCCAUGGCUCAAACGUCACGCUGUCCCCAAGCCCCGGCUCAAGACCUCCGACAUGGCCAGGAUGCUCGGCUUCGGUAUCGGCGACCAGCUCUUCGACUUGAUCGAUCAAUACGAUCAUUAUCAAACAACCACCGAUUCUCUUUAGGCCCUUGUUUCCUCCCUCCCCUUUAACUGUGUGCUUCAUCUCUCAGAAAAAAAUAAUAAUUAUGUAAGAACCAUUCUCUAGCAGAGAUUUAAAUUUAAAAUCUGUAAAAGAAGAGAGUAAAAUUCUACUA